AUGGCUGCGAAGGUAGAUUCUAAAGGCGAUCCUGUGGGUCGUAUAGCGAAGACCAAUGCGGAAAAGUUUCAGAGAGGAGGUGGUAAGAUUAACCAUAAGAAAAUAAAAGAUAAGAAGUUGAGAGCCGGGUUGAAGCGAAUCGAUGAGCAGUACAAAGAUGCCGUUGCUGCUGCUGCUGCUACGGAAUAUUUGCUUCCUGAAUCCCAGGGCUAUCUGGAGGCUGAAGAUGAAAUGGAGAAAACUUUCAAGGUUCAGCAGACCGAGAUAAAGGAUAGUGUGGACAUCGGUACUGCGAACAAGGCGUUGGAUCUGAAUCUGAAGGAGUUUGGACCGUACCAGGCGGGCUACUCCAGGAAUGGUACGCAUCUGCUUAUUGCUGGACGCAAGGGACAUGUUGCAUCGAUGGACUGGCGUAAGGGAGAAUUACGCGCGGAGCUGCACCUCAAUGAAACAGUCCAGGCGGCCACUUACUUGCAGAACGAGCAAUUCUUCGCGGUUGCGCAGAAGAAGUAUACCUUCAUAUAUGACCACGAGGGUGUGGAAAUGCAUCGCCUGAAGCAACAUAUUGAAGUUAAGCAUAUGGAGUUUUUGCCGUACCAUUAUUUGCUAGCUACUGCAGGGCAGACUGGUUUUUUGAAGUAUCAGGAUGUCUCGACUGGACAGUUAGUUGCAGAACUGAGGACUAAACUAGGGCCUACAUCCUCAAUGGCACAAAAUCCUUGGAACGCUGUUAUGCACCUAGGUCAUAAUAAUGGUACCGUGACUCUGUGGGCACCAAAUAUGCCUACCCCCUUGGCUCGUAUUUUAACAGCUAGAGGGCCCGUCACUGGUGUCGCGGUAGAUAGGCAAGGUUACUAUAUGGCUACAACCGGAGCAGAUAAGUCCAUGAGACUGUGGGAUAUCAGGAACUUCAAGGAGUUACAUUCCGUUGAAAACCUGCCUAUACCAGCAAGCAAUGUGAAAAUCUCUGACAUGGGCUUGCUUGCAGUGUCGAGAGGACCACAUGUGACACUUUGGAAGGAUGCCUUUAAAACUAGCUCAGAUUUUAAGCCCGUUUUCACCAGCAGUCGGUUGCCCAACAAAAAUACACCAUACAUGUCGCACUUGUUUGCUGGGAAUAAGAUCAAUAGCCUUGCAUUUGUCCCAUUUGAAGAUCUUCUUGGCGUCGGGCAUCAGACAGGCGUAACUAAUUUGAUCAUUCCUGGUGCGGGUGAGGCUAACUAUGAUGCAUUGGAAGUUAAUCCUUACGAGACGACGAAGCAAAGGAAAGAGCAGGAGGUUAGAUCGCUACUGAACAAAUUACCUGCUGAUUCUAUUGCAUUAGAUCCAAAUGUGAUUGGUACGGUCGACAAGCGUUCUGCGCAGAUUAGAUUGACCGCCAAAGACCUGACCCAAAUCGCAACUGAUGAAGACAUGAAAUCUAAGGAGAAUAGAGACAUUCCAAAAGCAAACCCUGCUGUGAAGAGUAAGAAUUCAGGUCUGCGUACAUUCCUCCGUAAGAAGACGCAGAAUGUUGUAGAUGAGAGGAAGUUGAGAGUACAGAAGCAGUUAGAAAACGAAAAGGAAGCCCGCUUGCGGAAGCAACAAGCUGCUAGAGGUGAGCUAACAGAAGAUAAGAACCUAGUUGACGAGGCGUUAGGCAGAUUCAGUUGA